AUGCGGUUUGCUGCGUGGCUUCUUACUUGCGGCCUCCUACUGCAGGGAGUCUAUGCACAUCCCGAGGUGAGACCUGGAAAGAGACAUGUCACGCCUGAAAUGACCUCAUCGUCCGGAGAUCACCCUGCUGCUACCAAGAUAUCUCAUCAUCUCCCUGCCAAUUCAUCUAGACGUCGCCCUGGCAAGGCGUGUCGUCCGCGCCCUAGCCACUCCGUCUCUGGCCAUCCCAAGUCUGGCGAUUCAUCCCAAUCUGGCUCUUACAAUUCGACCCUGCCUACCUCUGGCGAUACAUCCCAAUCUGGCUCACACAAUUCAACCCUGCCCACCUCUGGCGAUUCAUCCCAAUCUGGCUCGAACAACUCAACCCUACCCACAUCUGGCGAUUCAUCCCAAUCUGGCUCGAACAAUUCAACCCUGCCCACAUCUGGCGAUACAUCCGAAUCCGACUCCAACAAUUCCGACCAGCAUGGGCAACAGUCCCAAGAGAAUUCCUCUUCUUCUGAUGGUUACCUGAUAGCAACCGCCUCAGUCAGCAUGUCUGACCCAACCGGUUCCCCUGCCAGCGCCGCAGCAGCUGUUGUGACGAACCCGUCAAAUCCCCAGCAGACGGCGACCUUCGUUAAGGAGGAGGCAUCGGAUGAUCUGCUGGCCGCACUACCACUCAUUCCAGCUGCGGGUCUGCCGCUCAUUGUUAGCGUAGGUGGUUCUGCCGUACCUGCCGUGGUUGAUUCCGCGGGCAUGAUAGUGUGGCCUCUCGGCUCGGUGCCUUCUUGGAUCAAACCGGACAUAUUUCCGGCAGCCGACAGUAUUGGGGAGACGCUGAACCCUGGUAAAACAGUGCCGGUAGGGUCUGGCUCUGGUGGUGGUGCUGGAGCUGGCGGUGGUGCUGGUGCUGGAACUGGCUCUGGUGGUGGUAACGAGUCUGGCUCUGGUGGUGGUGCUGGAGCUGGCUCCGGUGACGGUGCUGGGACUGGCUCCGGUGGCGGCAAUGAGUCCGAUGGCGGCAAUGAGUCUAGCUCCGAUGGUGAUACCGAGUCUAGCUCGGGCAAUAGUACUGGAUCGGGCUCGGGUGCAGAGCCCACUGGCAGCUCCAGCAGCACCUCGUCGGACGAGAGCAGCACUACUGAACCCGAAAGCAGCUCUACCGAACCUCCAGGCGAAACCCUUGCCACGAGGACUAUCACAAUCACAACGGAUAUCAAUACCUUUAGAGCCAUACCGAAUUUCCCAAUCAUCACCGGCUCCGGACGCCCUGCCGACGCUCCGGGCGCCUCUAACACCCAAAACAAUUCCCAACCGUCUAACACCGACAAUGGUUCCCAGCCCGCCAACACUGACAAUAACUCUCAACCGUCCAACAACGAAAACAACUCCCAAUCGUCCAACAACGAAAACAAUUCCCAGCCGUCUAAUACUGAAAACAAUUCCCAACCCUCCAACACCGAAGAUGCUUCUCAGACCAGCGAUCUUAAGCCCAUGUAUACGCCUGAUCCCUCUUUGACCACGGUGGAUUCCCACGGCAAUGGAACCAAAAUCCAUGUUGAUUCCGGAUGUAUCUCUGUCAAUGGCCAGACGAUCUGCGGACAUUGGGAUAUAGCGACUGUACGUACCGAUGCAGAGACCAAUAAGGUGAAGAUUUAUGGCAAAUUCGACAGCGAGGACGCCGAUUGGUAUAACAAAAAAGGCGGCUGUGAGCUCACAGCCAGCUGGCCGUCGGAAUAUGGCGAUGUUCACUACCAAGACGACAACUGCCUCCAUGAUGCCGAAGGCAACAUCAUAGACAACCAAUGCUGCACUGAACCGGCGCAAGAUGACGUUCCAAACCCUUACGGGCCCAUCUGCAAAAGGGAAUACAGUUUUUCCGUCGAUCAAGUCACCAUCUACAGCAGCGGCUGGAUGACGGAUGACGGAUCGAACCUCUGGAAGCAAAUGUCCCGUUGCGGCCUGAUCACAAAAUGGGAAGUCAAUCCGGUUCGCAAUCAGGCGGGUCAAAAAUGGGUAUACUUUCACCUCCCGAUUCAGAUUGGCGGGUCAUGUGUGCAGCAGGCUAUUUGGGAAGCCGGGGGGCCAUGGGCGAACUGCUAG